AUGGUUGUUCCUAACACCUACGUACUAAUCUUUGCCUGUGCCUGUGGAGUGAUCCUGGGCAUUGGGCUCUGUGCCAACCUUUUGGUCUUCUGUUUGUUUGCCAAGUACAACACACUGCGUAAGAACCGCCUGGACAUCCUCCUACUCAGCAUGACUUUGGCUGACUUCUUAGCCCUCCUGCUCAUCCCCUUCACCCUGCACUCAGCAGUAAGCCACUCCUGGCCUCUAGGUGAAGUCUCCUGCAAGGUCUACCAGUUCUUGCUAGCUUUCAGCCUGGCGGCCAGCACCUACUCGCUGUGCGCUGUGUCCAUGACACGCGCCAUGAUCAUCACAAACCCAUACCAACCGCCCACCAUGGAUCUGGUCAUCCUCAUGUUUGUCUUGGUCUGGGCCCUCAGCUUCUUCAUCAGCCUGCCUCUACGAAUGUUUGCCACCAAACAAAGUGUGGGGCCCAGCGCUGCCAACUUCACCUUCUGCCUUCCAACCAUUCAUGAGCACCACUACCAAGUGGUCCUAAGCCAGUUUGUACUUUACUACUUUAUUCCAAUGCUGGUCAUCGCCUUCAACUACGUCCGCCUGGCUGUUUUUCUCCACAAGAGCCCUGUAAUGUCAGUGUCCAGUGCCAGGAACACCCGCAGGGCCUCUGUCAUGGUGUUUUUGGCUGCCGCCACCUUCUCCAUGUGCUGGCUGCCUGGUUAUGUGUUGGAGCUGUGUGUGUACCUGGGCCUGUAUCACCAAGGACAUUUCUGGGAGAUGUUCCACUUCAUCUGUACUGUGCUCCAGUACCUACACCCCUGCAUCAACCCAGUGCUCUAUGUGCUGCUGUCUAAGCGCUAUCGCCACAGGAGGGCAGCCUGGCUCUUCGGCUGCAACAGGAACAGAGUGCAGCCGCAGGUCAUCAGCGUCCCCACAGACAGCUUUUAA